CCCAGAAUGCAGCUCGGCUGGAGAUCAUAGGUUCAUGUGCAAAAUUGUGGUAAUUUAUUAGUCUAAGUUGAUCUGACCCCAGUCGUCUUUUUUGUAAAGAAGCAUGUCGCAUCGUUUCACUCCUAUCUGGCAAACAUCGUGUUCGUAUCCACUGUCAAGUCUCUGCGCAAGCGAUGGGUUUCGUGGCGCUUCCCGCUCUCAUUCCUGACAUCGCUGCCGUAUACGAUGUGUACUUCGAAGCUUUCAGAUAUACCUCAAUCCUUUCAGCACUGUUCUCAUUAGCCACAGCUUCCGACCUCACCAGCUCGGGGUCCGAGUUCCGCAAAGCCCAUAUAGCCCACACUCUUUCAUAUUGCGAGACGGGGAGCGUGAUGGGAAUGACACUAUGGGAUGUCUACGUACAUCCGAAUAAUUGGAAGAAGGAGGGCGUAGCCUGGUUGGAGGAAAAGGAGAAAGUAAGGGCCGAAAGACUACCCUCUCCUCUUUGGGAGGCAAGAGAGCGAUGUCACUUAAUAACUGUCUAUCCCUCGUACCAGAAGCGAGGUGUGGGCACUAAGCUUACAGAAGGGGGAAUUCAAAUUGUGCAGGAGACUGGACUACCCAUCUAUCUGGAAAGCUCAAAGGAAGGUAUCCACAUGUGUGAGAAAUUAGGAUUUCAGAUCGAGGACUGUGAGGUCUCUUUGAUGGUCUGGGUUCCUGAGGGAAAAGGUUCGGCGCUUCUAGAUUGA